AUGGCUCCCACCAUUCCCGAGAAGCAGUGGGCGCAGGUAGUCGAGGAGAAAGGAAAACCACCGGUCUACAAGGAAAUCCCCGUUCCCAAGCCCGCUCCCGAUGAAGUCCUCUUGAAGAUUCGAUACACCGGCCUCCCCCUGGUAGGCGGCCACGAAGGCGCGGGCGUUGUUGUCGCGAAAGGCGAAAUGGCCGAAGGAAUUGAAAUUGGCGAUCACGCCGGCAUCAAGUGGCUGAACGGAUCCUGCCUGGCCUGCGAGUUCUGCAAAACCGCCGACGAGCCGCUUUGCGCUGGCCAGCAACUCUCGGGUUACACCGUCGACGGAACCUUCCAACAAUAUGCGAUUGGCAAGGCUGCUCAUGUAACCAAGUUGCCGAAGGAUGUCCGUUUUGACGCUGUUGCGCCUAUUCUUUGUGCCGGAGUCACGGUCUACAAGGGGCUGAAAGAGUCUGGGGCUCGUCCUGGACAGACCGUUGCUAUUGUGGGUGCGGGGGGUGGUCUCGGCUCCCUUGCUCAGCAGUAUGCCAAGGCGAUGGGACUGCGCGUCAUUUCUAUUGAUGGGGGUGAUGAGAAGCGCGCGAUGUGUGAGAAGCUCGGAUCGGAGGCUUACAUCGACUUUACCAAAUCCAAGGAUCUCGUCGCUGAUGUGAAGGCUGCUACACCCGAGGGCCUCGGAGCUCAUGCCGUCCUUCUGCUUGCCGUCUCUGAAAAGCCUUUCCAACAAGCGGUUGAAUAUGCUCGUCCUCGCGGUUGUAUUGUCUCUAUCGCUAUGCCUGCCGGCGCUUUCCUGAAAGCACCAGUCUUUGAAAGCGUCGUCAAAAUGGUCAACAUCAAGGGCAGUUACGUCGGCAAUCGCCAGGAUGCCCAAGAGGCUGUUGACUUCUUUGCUCGUGGCUUGAUCAAUGCACCCUUCAAGACCGCCCCGCUGAAGGACUUGCCAAAGAUCUUCGAACUCAUGGAGCAAGGCAAGAUCGCUGGACGCUACGUCCUCGAAGUUCCCGAGUAA